CUCUUGCAUUACUUCUAUCCUGCCCUCCUUUGCAAUCCCGCCUUCUCCCCUGCCCAGUCCGGUGAGGUCAGCUCAUGAAUACCACUGCACUUCCUGGGGAGCGUCUGGCACUGCUUGGUACCUCCAGCGUUCGCCUACUGAGAGCUGCAGCCUUAAGCCCUGCAGUCCACAGCCGAGAAGUAACCGACUCUGAGGGCAAGUGAGUCUUCUGGUUACCGCCAUUGUUUGGAGAAAUUCAGUGGGUGAGAAACUGGGAAGAGCGGGCCCAAAGUCUUGCUCAGCCAGAAGUCGCAUAUAAUACAAAGAAGAUGAAUUUUCCUGGUCUCUGAAAGACACUGGAAUAGACCCUGAGGUUUCCGGAAUAUUGUUGAUUUGCUUCAACUUCUUCCAAACAUCGUCUCUGCUGAGAAUUUAGAAGGGAAGGUUGGUGGCGGUAAGCGGGGAGGCUGAUCUAGGGAUGGACGAUUCCAAAUUUCUUCCGGUAGGGUCUUCCUAAAUCGCCAUGAGUCAGCCACCGACCGGGGGCGCUGCCCCUGCCGCAACCGCAGCUUCUGCCGCCGCCGCAGCCACCGAGGCUCGUCUGCACCCGGAGGGCAGCAGCAGAAAGCAGCAGCGAGCUCAGUCACCAGCUAGACCAAGGGAAAAUUCUCUCCGACAGACAGCCGGGGCCAACCGGUCCGCUGUGGGGGCCGGCACCAAACUCAAUUCUGUUCGGCAGCAGCAGCUGCAGCAGCAGCAGCAGCAGCAGGGUAACAAGGCUACCAGCCGCGCAGCAUCUCAGGCCUGUGCCCGAGGAGGCGGAGGCGGGGCGGAGAAGGCGGCGCCCCUGGCGCCCAAAGGGGCUGCUCCGGGAGCUGUCCAGCCCGCGGCUGGUGCUGAAGCGGCCCCCUUGGCGACCCUGGCCGCUGUGGGCGGCAGGAGGCCAGGGCUGCCGGAGGAGCCAUCCCGUGAGCUAGAAUCCGUGCCCUCGAAAGUCGGGGAACCCCCUCCUCUCAGGGAAGGAGGAGGAGGGGACGGGGAAGGAGGAGGAGCCGGCGGAGGCUCCGGGGAAAGGGAGGGGGGCGCUCCGCAGCCGCCGCCGCCCAGGGGCUGGCGAGGGAAAGGCGUACGCGCUCAGCAGAGGGGAGGCAGCGGCGGGGAGGGGGCCUCCCCUUCGCCAUCCACCUCUUCUGCGGGUAAAACCCCAGCCCCCAGCAGCAGAAACUCCGGAAGCGGCGUUGCGGGGGGCGGCAGCGGCAGUGGAGGGAGCUACUGGAAGGAAGGAUGUCUGCAGUCUGAGCUCAUCCAGUUCCACCUCAAGAAGGAGCGGGCGGCGGCAGCGGCCGCCGCGGCUCAGAUGCAUACUAAGAACGGCGGAGGCGGCAGCAGCAGCCGUAGCUCCCCAGUCGCUGGCGCCCCUGCCAUCUGUGAGCCCCUCAUCCUCCCUUCCACCUCCCCAAUGGCGGCGGCAGCGGAGGGCCCCCAGCAGAGCGCAGAGAGCAGUGGUAGCGGCGGGGGCAUGCAGGCGGCGGCGCCCCCUUCGUCGCAGCCGCACCCGCAGCAGCUCCAGGAACAGGAAGAAAUGCAGGAGGAGAUGGAGAAGCUGCGAGAAGAGAAUGAGACUCUCAAGAAUGAGAUCGAUGAGCUGAGAACUGAGAUGGACGAGAUGAGGGACACUUUCUUCGAGGAGGAUGCCUGUCAACUGCAGGAAAUGCGCCACGAGUUGGAGAGAGCCAACAAAAACUGCCGGAUCCUGCAGUACCGCCUCCGCAAAGCCGAGCGCAAGAGACUCCGCUACGCGCAGACUGGGGAGAUCGAUGGGGAGCUGUUGCGCAGCCUGGAGCAGGACCUCAAGGUUGCAAAGGAUGUAUCUGUGAGACUUCACCAUGAAUUGGAAAAUGUGGAAGAAAAGAGAACAACAACAGAAGACGAAAAUGAGAAACUGAGGCAACAGCUUAUAGAAGUUGAAAUUGCAAAGCAAGCCUUACAGAAUGAACUGGAAAAAAUGAAAGAGUUAUCCUUAAAAAGAAGAGGAAGCAAAGAUUUGCCAAAAUCUGAAAAAAAGGCUCAACAGACUCCCACAGAGGAGGACAAUGAAGAUCUGAAAUGCCAGCUGCAGUUCGUUAAAGAAGAAGCUGCUUUGAUGAGAAAGAAAAUGGCCAAGAUCGAUAAAGAAAAGGACAGAUUCGAACAUGAGCUGCAGAAGUACAGAUCAUUUUAUGGAGAUCUGGACAGUCCCUUACCCAAAGGAGAAGCUGGGGGUCCUCCUAGUACCAGGGAGGCGGAGCUCAAGCUUAGGCUGAGGUUGGUGGAGGAAGAGGCCAACAUCCUGGGCAGGAAAAUCGUUGAACUGGAGGUGGAGAACAGAGGCCUGAAGGCUGAACUGGACGACCUCAGGGGCGAUGACUUCAAUGGGUCGUCCAACCCUCUCAUGAGGGAACAGAGUGAAUCCCUUUCUGAGUUGCGGCAGCACCUGCAGCUGGUGGAGGACGAAACGGAGCUGCUGCGGAGGAACGUGGCAGACUUGGAGGAGCAGAACAAGCGCAUAACUGCGGAACUGAAUAAGUACAAGUACAAGUCUGGAAGCCACGACAGUGCCCGACACCAUGACAGCGCCAAGACGGAGGCCCUGCAGGAGGAGCUGAAGGCUGCACGCCUGCAGAUCAACGAGCUCAGCGGCAAGGUCAUGCAGCUACAGUAUGAGAACCGCGUGCUCAUGUCCAACAUGCAGCGCUACGACCUGGCCUCGCACUUGGGCAUCCGUGGCAGCCCCCGCGACAGCGACGCUGAGAGCGACGCGGGCAAGAAAGAGAGCGACGAUGACUCGCGGCCACCGCACCGCAAGCGGGAAGGGCCCAUCGGUGGCGAGAGCGACUCGGAGGAGGUGCGGAACAUCCGCUGCCUCACGCCCACCCGCUCCUUCUACCCUGCGCCAGGUCCCUGGCCCAAGAGCUUCUCCGACAGGCAGCAGAUGAAGGACAUCCGUUCUGAGGCCGAACGCCUGGGCAAGACCAUCGACCGGCUCAUCGCCGACACAAGCACCAUCAUCACCGAGGCGCGCAUCUAUGUGACCAACGGGGACCUGUUCGGACUGAUGGAUGAGGAGGACGACGGCAGCCGCAUCCGGGAGCAUGAGCUGCUCUACCGCAUCAACGCGCAGAUGAAGGCCUUUCGCAAGGAGCUGCAGACCUUCAUCGACCGCCUGGAGGUGCCCAAGUCCGCGGACGACCUUGGCGCCGAGGAGCCCAUAUCCGUGAGUCAGAUGUUCCAGCCUAUCAUUUUACUUAUUCUCAUUCUUGUAUUAUUUUCAUCGCUGUCUUACACAACAAUAUUUAAACUUGUCUUCCUUUUUACACUGUUUUUUGUACUGUAA